CCGCCGCGCCCCGUCCGUCCUAUGCGACCCGCCCCGGCGCCAAGAUGAAAGACGACUUUGCAGAGGAGGAGGAGGUGCAGUCCUUCGGCUACAAGAGGUUUGGUAUUCAGGAGGGGAGCCAAUGUACCAAGUGUAAAAAUAACUGGGCACUGAAGUUCUCCAUCAUCUUAUUAUACAUUUUAUGUGCCCUGUUAACAAUCACAGUAGCCAUUCUGGGAUACAAAGUUGUAGAAAAAAUGGACAAUGUGACAGGUGGCCUGGAAACAUCCCACAGAAGAUACACAGAAAAGCUCACAGAAGUGGAGAGUGAUCUGAAGAAAUUAGAUGACCAAGCUGGACAAAAAGCCUUGAAUACUAACACUGAACUGUCCAGCUUCAGAUCUGACAUUCUGGCUCUUCGUCAGCAACUCCAUGACAUUGCAGAGAAAACUUCCAGAAACAAAGAUACAUUGGAGAAGCUGCAAGAGUCUGGAAAUGUAUUAGAUGAUAGACAGAACCAAAUGAAAAGUGCCUUAGAUAGUAACUCUUUAAUGAUCAUCAGUGUCAAUAAGACUCUUCAGGCAUAUACUGGCUAUAUCAACAAUCUUCAACAAGACACAAGUAAUAUACAAACAAACCUGCAAAGCCAAGAGCAUUCUCAUAAUGUUAUCAUUAUGAGCCUGAACAACUUAAACCUGACUCAAAUACAGCAAAGAAAUCUUAUCAGUGUCUUACAGAAGUCAAUGGAAGAUACAAGCUCGGCUAUUCUAAGAAUCAGGAAUGACUUUCAAAAUCUGCAGCAGGUUAUCCUUCAGGCCAGGAAGGACACUGACUGGCUUAAGGAGAAAGUACACAAUUUACAGGCUUUGGCAGCCAACAACUCAGCAAUGGCAAAAGCCAACAAUGAUACACUUGAAGACAUGAACAACCAGCUCAGCUCCUUCAGUGGGCAGAUGGAGAACAUCACCACAAUUGCCCAAGCCAACGAACAAAGUCUAAAGGAUCUCCAGGAACAGCAUAAAGGAGAUGAAAACAGAACUGCUGCCAAAUUCAGCCAUCUAGAAGAAAGGUUCCAGGUCUUUGAAACCGAUAUAGGCAAUAUCAUCAGCAACAUCAGCUACACUGCUCAUCACCUACGGACACUGACGAGCAAUCUCAAUGAGGUCAGGACAACUUGUACAGACACCUUAAGUAAACACUCAGAUGAGCUGAUUUUUAUGAACAGCACACUAGCCAAUAUUCGCAUAGACUCUGCAUCUCUCAAGGUGCAACAGGAUUUGAUGAGGUCAAGGUUAGAUGUUGAAGUAGCCAAUUUGUCAGUAAUCAUGGAAGAAAUGAAGCUGGUGGAUUCCAAACAUGGCCAGCUCAUCAAGAACUUCACUAUUCUACAAGGCCCUCCUGGUCCAAGGGGACCUAAAGGUGACAGAGGCCCUCAAGGUCCUCUUGGCCCCGCUGGCCUAAAAGGACAAAAAGGAGACAAAGGAGAGCCUGGACCACCAGGACCUGCGGGUGAGAAGGGCCCACCUGGGCCAGCCGGGCCGCCAGGAGAAAAAGGAGGGAAAGGUUCAAGAGGAUCACCUGGCUCCAAAGGUCAGAGAGGUUCUCCUGGCAAGACAGGUCUGCCUGGACCAAAUGGAGACCCAGGGCCACCAGGGCCACCAGGCAAGGAUGGUCCACCAGGACCUCAAGGCCCACCAGGAUUUCAAGGCCUGCAAGGAACGGUGGGAAGCCCAGGGUUGCCAGGACCACGAGGAAUAACUGGACUGCCUGGAGUCCCUGGGCUGCCUGGUCCGAAGGGCCCACCUGGCCCACCAGGGCCACCAGGUCCUGGGAUGCCAAUGGCACUGCAGAGUGAACCUACGAGUGUACCUGAGGCUAAUGGUUGUUCUCCCCACUGGAAGAACUAUACGGAAAAGUGCUACUACUUUUCAAUUGAAAGAGAAAUUUUUGAAGAGGCAAAGUUAUUCUGUGAAGAGAGAGCAUCACGCUUGGUUAUCAUCAACAACAAAGAGGAGCAGCAAUGGAUAAAAAGACAGAUUUUUGGGAAAGGCAGCUUCUGGAUUGGACUAACAGAUUCAGAGAAGGAAAAUGAAUGGAGAUGGUUGGAUGGAUCCUUACCAGUUUACACAAACUGGAAAACUGGGCAGCCUGAUAACUGGAGUCACGGGCAUGGGCCAGGGGAAGAUUGUGCCGGGUUGAUCUAUGCUGGGCUCUGGAAUGACUUCUACUGUGAAGAUGUUAACAAUUUCAUUUGUGAAAAAGACAUGGACAAAGGGCAAAUUCUUGGAGUGUAAUAGGCUGUGACUUUACAGAUACCUUCAUAUUAAGGAAAUUUAUGUAAAGAAGAAGAAAAUCCUGGGAAAGAGCAACACUGUCUUCCAAAAUUGAAAAAAAAUGAAAACAGAAAAAAGCAAGCACUGAAAACUGAUUUAAAAGCAUCAAGGAAUUCAGCAGUAACUCUUGUCCAGUAUUCUGUAAUUAUUUAAGGCCUUUUGACCCUCAGCAUCAGGAAAUACUGUUGGACUAAUUCUGUUUUAGAUUUUCUUCCCAACCUGUAACCACAUCCAUAAACAGCUUGUGUCUUCUGAGAAAAGACAUUCUGUCAAUCUGAGUAAGAUUGUUGGUCACUCAUAUAGAAAAACAUACAAAGCAACUGUGUAAACAGUUGCUUUAUUUGCUAAAAUCCCAAAUGUAGGAAAAUUAUACAGAUACACAAAUAUAUAGAUUUUAUAUAAAUAUAUAUAUAUAGUCCAACUCUUAUCAAUAAUAUGGAAUAUACUUUUAAGAGCUUUUAAAACUUUGUAUUUUUGUACAAAAUAUUUGCUUUUUACAAUUGUUCUCUUUUUUACUGACUUUUUUUACAAAUAUAGUGCACAGGGGCCAAAGAAAACAAUAAAGGUACUAAUAAUUCAUUAAGGUUUGCUGUCAGGCCUAGCUCAGCUAUAGAGAAAUAUUUUUCCAGUUAGAAAUAUUUUUACUUUCCCAGAUGAUUUGUUCUGGUUAAAUAACUUUUAAAGCAGAUUUUAGAUAGCGUUUUCCUUAGUGUAUGCAGUGUAGUCUGCAUGUGUAACAAUUGACUAAGGACUAGAUACUCAUUAUAGCUCUGAUCACAGCCAGUGUUUCAUCAGGGUACUAUGGAAAGACCAUUUUAAUAAAACCAACCUUCCUUGCUUCCUUGCUUCCUUCCUUGCUUCCUUCCUUCCUUCCUUCCUUCCUUCCUUGCUUCCUUCACCUGCCAGUUUACAUUCCUUCCACUCAGGAGAAAAUUCCAUGGAAGUAAAUAUCGGAUUUUGAAUAAUAAUUUUGAAAUAUUUUCAUUCCUUCUCUCUUCUCAUAAGGAAUUCUACCCCAGUAGGUGCCACACAUACUGCAGGUCAAACCCAGGUGACAGACUUUUUGAAAAGGGAAACAAAGAAGCUGCACACACUGAAAUAUGUUUGUUUUUAAGACAGAUUUCAAGAUUUGGUGAGAAAAACAUGCCAUACUCAGAAAAGUCUAGUAAGCUUGCACUUCACCAAAGUGCUUUGUAAAUCGAUCUCUCAGUUUUCUUGGACCAGUACUUGUCUCCCAAACAAAGCAGAAAAUAAAAUAUGCUGCAAAGCAGAAAGAGAUUAUAUCAUUACCCAGACAGUUUCCUCCACAAUUUCAUGAGCCAUUGUCUAGGCAGCAAUAUUGCUUAUGAGGAAUUUUAAAAAUUAGCAGAUUAAUUCAUGAGCAGAAACCUUGGUAUUUGUUUCCAGUUUUUAUGCCCUUCUCAUGGCAACAUGCUCUACAAUGAAGGAAGUUGUUUUGGCUUCUUGGGAAGGAGAGUUGUUUUUCCAUUGCCUCCUAACCUGACAUUUACCCUGGCUGAAUGCAGAUAAGUUUGAUGAAAUACUCCAGCUCUGUUGGAAAGAGACAAGAUUUUGUACUUCAGAUUUUCAAAUACUGCUCCUAAGAUCAACCAAUUAAAUUUCCGACAUCUCACAUUCCCUCCAGUGUUUUAAUUUCAAUUUUUUUUUUUUCAAAAUAGACAAAAUGUUACAUUUGGGAAUCUGUCCUGUGGGUACAAAUUAUAUACGAGACAGGAACAACAGAAAAACUGCAUCUGCUUAAUUAAAAGUGAAAGGUCUAUGUAUUACAGCUGCAGAAACCCUGUGUCAGCAUCAUGGAGGCAGGGCUUGUCUUCAGACAGUCUGGGUUUUGUGAGCCUUUUCUUUUGGCUUUUUCAUAAGUGUUUGAAUACAACUUGAUUCUGCCAUGUGCUGUCAUGCUGUACCGAGCAUGUUCUACAUGCUGUAGUGUUUACAUAUAUAUUUACACAUUGUCUGUGGAGAUAAUGUUAAACUGUUAGGUUUGGAUGAUGAGGUACAAAACUAGUAUUUUGUGUGCCCAGAGAACCUCACAAACCCUGGUCAGUGGAGCUUUGAAGAGCCACACUGAAGUGGAAGCAGUGCUACCUUUGUUUUGAACGUUGGCUUAUUUAGGUGAAAUAAGCCUGUUUUGAACAUCUACCACAUGAAAUUACAUUCUUCAUGCUUUUUAUUGAUGUCACAGACUUCUGUCACCAAAAGAAGUGAAUGAGAAAUCUCUGUUUAACCCAAGCUAUAUUGCUUCCUUGCCCAGAUUUCAUCCUUCUCUUCCUCCAGCAACAGCAGUGAUGGUAUUUAAACAAGAUCAGAUUAUCCAAGAGUUAUGUAGUGUCCUCCAGUCAGAGGAAUGACAAGUUGAGGACACUGAGAAAUGAGACGUGACUGUGCUCACACCCUCUGUUCACACACUUGAAUCAAACACUGCAGCUGGUAGACAAAACUGGAUGAAGAGGGAUGCUGCAGUUGCGUGCCUGAUGUGUCCAGUCAUCCUCAAAAUAUGGCCUGAGCAGCCAGGCGUGCUGAGAUAGACCAUCCUUUUGACCUAGUAUUCCUGCAGGAAGGAAACAGAGGUGUCCAAUAGCAACAAGGACUGAAAUCAUUGAGAGGACCAAGAGAGUGUUAAAUCAGCUCAGGAAAACGUCACAGAAAGAACAGAUUGGCAGGAGCGCAAGCAGGAUGUUAGAAUGGGCCAAAAAAUUGUCAUGAAAAUCAGACCUGCCACUCCUUAAUGGGAAAAUAUCCCCAUCAAAUCUUUCUGUAUGGUUUGAGUAAUAAUGCAGGUUGGAUGGAAAGUUUUAAGUGACAGCAAAUUAUUUUGUCCUAGCUUGAGUUUUUGCUUUCCUUCUUAUGCACGAGUAUUGUAACUUGUUGUAUUAAACACAAAUUCCCAUCAUCCUUCUUGUUUUACAUAAAAUUAAAUGCAAGUUUAAUGCAAGUACCCUGGCAAGCACUGUGAGUGUUGGAAGAAAAAAAAGGAAAGGCAGAGAAGGUACAAAGUCAUUGUGAUUUACAUUAAGUUCUGGAUUUCUUAAUGUCAUUUCUGACUUGUUUCGUUAAUUUAUUUGGAAAUGCCUUCAGCUGAUUAGAGUUUAUAAAUCUCAACUCUCAUUUCCUUUGUUGUCUAUAAUUAAUACUUGCAAAUGUCCCAAUAAAGGAAUCACUAAGCGGAGACAUGGAAAUGAAUGUUGUUAACUGUGCAUGUGUGUGUAACCAAGAGGGAUGUGGAAAUCAGAGAGAUGUGGAGCCAGGACAUUCAUAGGUAUUAAAAAUCAAACUGAUGAA